AAGAAAUGCCUUAACAAGCCUGACACGUCGUGCACGCGUCGAUCGGAGAACGAGCUCGGUCGGGGGAAAUGGGGUAGGUGUGAGCAGAGCGGAAUCAGGGGAGGCCGCGGAUGGUCGGGGAGCAGAGCUUAUAUCUGAUCCAACGGCGGUCAGGGGAAACCAGGACAAAGACGAUAUCAGAUUAUGUCCAAAGUCCCACGAGUGCUGAUAUUUCCGCUGGUAGUGACGGGCUCCUUUCAAGAGCGAGCAUGUAAACACGAUGUAUUCUCCGUCCGGAACGCCAGCCUGACAAGGUUACGGUGGGACCUCGCGAGCCGCCAUUGAGAAGCUAGACUCCGGUUAUUCCUUGCGGCGGGAGCUUUCGCUCGCAACAGGUGAACAAAAGCCACAACCUGACAAUCAACCCAGAUUACGAGCUGCUGUUUCCAGCUUCUCUACUGUUUCGGGGCGCGCUGCAGCUCCAGAAACAAGCAUGAACGCCAUACGCCAGGUACAGGCGCUUAAUAAGCGCGAACUCGAGAACGCAGUACCUCCAGAAGCAUCAUGGCAUGCCGAUUAUCGCGACACCGCUUACAUCUACAUCGGCGGUCUCCCGUAUGACUUGUCGGAGGGUGACAUUAUCACCAUCUUUUCGCAGUACGGCGAACCCGUCCAUAUCAACCUCGUCCGAGACAAAGAGACUGGAAAGAGUAAAGGCUUCGCGUUUCUCAAGUACGAAGACCAGCGUAGUACUGAUCUUGCAGUGGAUAACCUGGGCGGUGCAACCGUCAUGGGACGACUGCUGCGGGUGGACCAUGUCCGCUACAAGAGACGCGAGGAAGAAGGCGACGAAGAUAAUGUAGCGAAAAUCAUGGGAGAUCGUGUUCCAGCUGGCAGAGAUGAUGAUACGGAUGAUGAACGCAGAAGGAAGAAACGACGGACGAGCGAUGAUGAAGGAGAGCGCAGACGUCCAUUACUGAAGGAAGAGCGGGAGCUGCAAGAGCUGAUAGUUAACCACGAUGAGGAAGACCCCAUGAAGGAGUUCCUGAUUGAAGAGAAGAAAGAGGAGGUUGCGCGAGCAUUGGAAAAGCUAAAGAGUGAAACGAAAAAGUCAUCGCGACACCGAGGCGACAGUCGUGAACGUUCUCACCGACACCGCCAUCGCCACCGACGCAGACGAAGCGAAGACAGGUCCCCUGGUAGAGAGCGAAUUUCGCACAGGGAUAGAUCAGAGUCCCGGGACAGGAGGUCUCGCAGAUAUAGAGAUGAGUCCCGUACCCCCGAACUGAGAUUCCGCCGGGAGAGAUCACGAACAAGGUCGCAGUCUGUGGAUCGUCGACGCCGUCGUGACAGUAGGGACGAUGAUAGAUGAUCAAUCUGUCUGUUUCCAAAUUUUAUACCUACGAUCUAAUCUUCGCUACAUUAUGUGCUUGCUUGUCGGCAAGCGGAACAUGACUCUCAGCUCCCAAAACCAGGUCAACAACC